AUGUCGAACCUCACUCAUGCAAAGAUCGUCCCUCGUCCCUCUAAAACCAGAGGUGCAGCCAACCAUGGCUGGCUCGACACUAAACAUACCUUCUCCUUCGCAGGAUGGUAUGAUCCUCGAUACACUCAGUUCGGAUCCCUCCGUGUCUUGAACGAAGAUCGAGUCAUGCCUGGUGAAGGUUUUCCCACUCAUUUCCACCAAAACGCCGAAAUUUUCUCCUACGUUCUCUCUGGCGAAUUGACCCAUCGAGAUUCAAUGCAAAAGAAGGGAGCAGAAAGCGACGACAAGAACCAAUUUUACCGAUUACACCGCAAUGAUGUUCAGUUCACCACCGGAGGAAGAGGUAUCUCCCACAGCGAGUACAAUGAACACAAGAAUGACUGGGUGCAUUUCCUCCAAAUCUGGGCUCUGCCAUGGAAGAGGAACUUGCCACCCACUUACCAUACCAACACAUUUUCCGAAGAGGAUAAACGAAAGGACUUUGUGACCAUCAUCACCCCAUUGAAGGCGGGUCCAAAUGCAACCUUGGAAGAGGAAAAGGCUGCAGUGCCAACCCAAGAGGGCACUAUCCCUAUCCAUGCCGACCUCGUUUUCAGUGCAGGCAUCAUCCCUCAAGGAGGUGCCUUCAACUACAAAGUCGGUGGCGGAGACGCUGUAACAUCCAAAACUGAUCGCAAAGUAUACAUCCACUUGCCAGAAACGAAAGGGGGAAAAGCCAAAAUCAGGCUGGACGGACGAGAAGAUGCAAUAUUAAAGGAGGGAGACGGUGCAUAUGUGACUCACGUCAAUGCCAAUGAUAUGCUUAAGGUUGAAAGUGUGGGUGAAGCCGAGGCCGAAGUAGUGGUGAUUGACUCAGAGUAA